CGAUGCAACUCCCAAGUAUUUCCUCAGCUCCUUCACGUUUCCUGGCGGCUUCAGUUGCGCUAUUGCCGCUACCUUCUCAGGAUCCGUUCCAUUACCUUGAUUCGUCACGCGGUGACCCAAGUUCGCCGCCCGUAGCCUCUGGAACACCUCCUUCAAGUUCACACAUCGUCUACAUCGCCGUGAAGACGGACGUCUUAAAGUAACGCUGCGCGAAAAAUUCGAAAUUGUUGAAGCUGUGUCGGCCGGUGAGUGCGGCAAACUGACAGAACAACACGGUGGAGUCGCGCCACAACGUUGCGCUGCAAUCCCGCGAGUUAGUUGCGCGCCUGUUUCAGGUAAAUAGGUAAAUUAUUAGCUGGCGUUUGUUGCAGCGGAUAAAACAGCUGAUAGCGCUGCCAACUCGGCGCAACGGGUGAUCUGAAGAGGGCGGCGUUGCCAGAUCAGCCGUGUGAUCAGUGUUGUGUUGCGACAGUAGGGCGGCGUUGCCAGAUCAGCCGUGUGAUCAGUGUUGUGUUGCGACAGUAGGGCGCGAAAUUCAAAAUUAAAUUCAAAAUUAAACCGUUGAAAUUUAAUUUAAUUGAAUUUUGUAACUGGUUACUGGGAGCGCACAAGUCGUUAGAAAGGGGAAAAGGCACAAAGGUCGCGGACAGACCAAAAAUCAUCUUCUCACCGUGCUGGUGCCUAAGCAGAGGCUCUGGUGUCCGAGACGAGGCGGUACAAACCUCCAUCAGUAAAAGCCAUGGGGAAAUCCGUGGCCCACGUGGGAACCCCUUUCUAAGGCUGGUGCUUCGCCUAGGUAACCUUAGGCCAUCCCCCAGUUGAUGGACAGCUCAGUGGGGGGCAGUCCCCCUGAUCGUAACGACCCGUUCAGGAGGAGCUCCCGACUUUCGAGAUCACCCACCAGAGGAGUCGGUAACCCGUCCCAUGGUGACGGAAUCCCAGUCCUGUCGGUGGCGAGGGGUGAGCAUGCAGGCUCCCAGCCGCCGUUGACUAGCGACUGCAGCGAUGCUGUAGAGGUGGAGAACUUGGCUCCUACAGCAUCUACGACCGCGACAAGUCAGAAGUCGAUGGACCACAUCGCCGUGCCAUCGCAAAAGACGGGAGGGAAGUCCCCAGCUGGUUCCCCUCAUCGGUCUUCGGACCUAACCACGGCUCUCCAGAACGAGGACCUGAGGGGCAUUCUCACCAGGAUGAAUGGCAAGAUAAACAUCCUGCUAUCCGCUUUCGAGACCCAACGGCACGUGACACGAGAGACAAAGGGCAUAGCGUCCGAACUCUCAGCCCUUAACAACAGGGCGAUAGAUCUGUACGAAGGUACGUCUAGCGAGCACCGCUUGAAGAGCAGUGCUACCCAGACGGAAGUACAAAAGCCUUCGAAAAAGGUUUCUAAAAAGGCGCAGGUACCCAAAGUGCAAGUGCCAAACGCCCAGGCGCCCAAGCCGAUCAACCCUACAUUGGGUGGCAACGGUGAAGAAAAGGCGCCAUCCAGAACUAACGAGUCCAAACCAGGCAGCUACGCAUCUGUCGCCAAGAAUGCUAGCACGGGUGCAGAGUGGACCAAGGUGAAGCCUACGCGCCUGCGUAAAAAACCGGAGGCACUCAUUGUAAAAAAGACAGCAGAGGCUUCGUACGCAGAGAUGCUUCGGAAGCUAAGAUCGGACCCGAGCCUUAGCGAACUGGGCAGCCACGUACGUAAAAUCCGGAGAACGCAGAAAGGUGAGCUGUUGCUUGAGGUAGAGGGGAAAGCUUCGGAAAGCGUUCCCAAGUUUAAGAGCGACCUGGAAGCGGCGCUCAAUGACUUGGCCUCUGUGCGCACGGGAGCGCAAAAAAUAGCUCUAUCUUGCAGCGGAUUGGACGAGGCUACGACAGCAGAUGAGCUCCACAGCUACAUGGUCGCCCAAUUCCAGGGUCUGCAGAUAAACCCUGAAGAUAUCAGGGGCCUUCGCAGAAUGCGGGAUGGCACGCAGAUAGCCUCAGUGCUGCGAAUGUGGCGAUACCAGUCCUUAAACAGGGAACCUUAAUCGUUGGAUGGUCAAGAUGUCGUUUCAC